AUGACAUCGCCACUUGCGCGUCAGGCAUCACCGCCUCCAGGACUUGGAGCGGCGGCUGGAAGUAAUGACGGCCUUCCCAAAUGGCUGAACAAAGUACCUGGUCGGAACUUGAAAGGUGCCCGGGCGAUCUUCGAAGCUUUCUUACAGAAGCACGAAAGUGGAAUACACCUAGGACCGAUCGUACCACUGCCGGUACGUAGGCUGAAGCGUCUAGAGUCGCAGUUGACCCCACGGCAGAUAGCGGAUCUUCCACUUGCUGCCAAGAAAGCACAGGUCAUCUUCCGCAGUGAAAAGGAAGCCCGAAAAGCCACGAUCGCGGACUUGAAAGAGAAGGUCACUCAAGAGAGUAUGGCGAAUCUGUAUCUGGGAUUGCCAAGCGUGACCGAUCCGAACGACAUCUGCGAUUUCGAAGAUCGAGAGUACCGUCGUCGUAUCGAGAGCGCCCCGGCCUGGAAUCGACCAUUGCUGCCUUAUCUGCCGCCCACGAACUCAGAAGGCAGCUGGCAGUCGAUGAACACAGAGGCUUUGCGCGUGUACCAAGACGAAGAUGAACACAGGGCAAGAAUGAAGGCGAUACACAUGUAUGAUGAGUCAGAUGACGAGAGCGAAGACAGGCCAGACAGUGGCAUUGGCAGGAGGUAG